AAGUAAUAUACUAUUGCAUUAUUAUAUACACAUAAAUGACACUUGUAACUUCUUAGGAACCGCCGCAUGUUUGGUGCUCUACUUGGUACUCUCAAGCGAUUCAAGAAUGAUGAAGCAAAGCAGAAGGAUAAGGAAGAACAGCGCGCUGCCAUUGAGAGGAAGCUGGAAGAAAAAGGUCGUGUGGAAAAGGAGGAGUUGCGCCGAGAGCGACUAGAACUGAUCAACCAGAGGCAAGAGAGGAAAGCACAGAUCAAACGUCUCACUGUUAAGAUGGCCCGUGUGAAAGAGCAUGAGCAGUGGGAGGCACACCAGAUGAAAUUAACCAGAUUCAUAAGAACCAAGUCCACGCCCUCCAUCUUUUGGAUCCCUCGAACCCACACUGCCAAGACCACUAGCCUCGUGCGAGCCUCACACGAUAACAUCAUGAGGGAACUCGAAGAGGACCGUCUCCGGAUGAAGGAAGAGCUGGAGGAGAUACUAGGGUCACGUGCAGAGGAUGAUCAGGGCGAGAUGGGCAGGGAUGGCGCAGAGGGGGGGGAGGAGGAGGAGGAGGAGACCUACGUGCACAGGGGGGUCCGCUCAGCCGUCGCCAGGCAGGGGGAGGGGGUGUCAGUACCUCUCUUGAUAACUGUCCUGAUUUGUUAGAUUACGAGGCUGAGGAGGGAGAGCUAGUAUAUGGUGAGGCAGACCUGUCAGGUAAGGAUGAUGAUGACACUGAGCGUAUGGUAGUCCAGGUCGACGGCAGGGGAGAAGGUGCUCGAAAGGUAGAAAUUGUAGCUAGCCAGUCAGAGGAAGGAACAUCAGGUUUAGAGAGAGAGAGUAAAGGCAAUGAUAGUGAGAAGGAGAAUGAAGGGAAACAAGGAUGGGAGCAGGGAGA